CAACCAAACGCCAGCAAGACUUCGCUUCCUCACCUUUCCCAUGUGUGCAAAAUGGACUAGUCCAAACGCUUAUGGCGUUAGUCGUUAGCCGCACGGCCAAUGAGCGCGCUCUCGUGACUUGUUAAAAAAAUAACGACCACCAGUUCGCGCCGAGUUUGCGGGGCAGGCAUCAUACCUCACUCCGGUUGUUAUUCAAGGUCUUCUGAACAGACAUCACAUCUAGUGAUUGCACCAAAAGCUCAUUAUGGAACUUGGGUACUGGAACAUCCGUGGCCUGGCACAGCCCAUCCGCCUGCUGCUGGAGUACACCGGAGAGAAGUUUGAAGACAAGAAAUACCAAUGUGGUCCGCCGCCAGACUACGACAAGUCCUGUUGGUUCGAUGUCAAAGAGAAGCUCAAGCUGGACUUUCCCAAUCUGCCGUACCUCAUCGACGGCGACACGCGCAUCACGCAGAGCAACGCAAUCGUGCGCUACAUCGGCCGCAAGCACGACCUGCUCGGCAAGACGGAGCCGGAACGGGUGCGCGUCGACAUCAUGGAGAACCAGUCCAUGGACUUCAGGAACGGCCUCGUGCAGCUCUGCUACAACCCCAACUUCGAUGAUCUGAAGGAUGGAUACCUGAAGAAAGUGAAGAGCGCGAUCGAGAGGUUCGCGAAGUUCCUUGGCGACCACGAGUGGUUUGCGGGAGGAAAUCUGACGGUGGUCGACUUCGUGAUGUACGAGCUGCUGGACCAGCACCGGCUGCUGGACGCCAGCCUCCUGGAGCCGCACGACAACCUCAAGAAGUUUCUGCACCGCUUCGAGGAGCUGGACGCCAUCAAGAAGUACAUGGCCAGCGACCGGUUUAUGAAGAGUCCGCUCAACAACGUGGCGGCCAAGUUCGGCAACAAGUGAUAACUGCUGGCCCAUGGGUACCAAAUGAUCACUGCAGUCGGCACUCCCGAAAACACUAAUAAUGAAAAAAGAUGACCCCUGGCUGGUGGCGGCUGUGUGGGGGAAGAGAGUCUGCCUUGCCUGCCUUGUCGGUCCUUUGUCUUUGGUGAUCAUUUUGGGCUUAUGCCUUCAGACAUGGCAGUCGUUACGUGGGGACAAUAAACGAUCGCCUGUAUGCUCGACCUCUGCUGCCACGUCGCGGCGGUGGGGCUUAA